GCCACGGUUUGGCCGGAAUGCACAUCACAACUUCUCCUCCUUCCCCCUCCUCCUUGCCCUCUCUCUCUCUCGUUUUUGUCUCUUUAACUCUGAUAGCGCGCGGACGGAGCGCGUCGUUGCCAUGACAUCCGCCUGCCGGAGCCGGCGCACCGGUUAAAUAGACGGCCCCUCUCCCAAUUCCAAUGUGUAAUGUGCACAGACCAGCAUGCUGGAGGGCGCCGGCUCUGAUUGGUACCCGCUCGUGACUCUCCUGUCCCGGGAGGAGACGCUCACCGUCGUCAGCUGUUAGAGGGCAUUCUCGGUUACACCUGGAAAAUACAUGGAGCCGCGCGCGCCCCGGCGAUUGCUUCACCUUGCUCUCUCGUAAGCUCAUUGGAUCCGGGAUGUGAAAAGCCUACGUUCCUGGAUUAAAGGGGUUGCUGAAUGAAUGAAAAUGUCCCGGGACUCGAUCGGACACUCCCGGCUUUUGUUGGCGCGGCGGCGGACGCACGGUGCGCAGAUCCCCCCGGUUCAUUCCCACUAGCUGCUCGGCUGUGUCCUCGCUGCAUCCCACCUUUCAAGCUCCCCGUGUGGAUAGGAUGACUUCCUGGCUCCGCUCAUACGGCAGCGUCCCUCUGUGUGUCCUCCUCGCCUGCAUGGUUUGGUGCGCAGAAGCUUCAAGUACCGGUGCCAGUGUGUGUUGGUCACCCAGCGUCACCUCCUGCUCAGAUUGCCUCAGACGGGGACCACAAUGCGCCUGGUGUUUCAAGGAGGACUUUCUAGACAAGGUGGGGCCAAGCCAUCGCUGUGAUCUGCCAGGAAACCUGCAGAAGAGAGGCUGUGGACCAGAAUUCCUGGAGCUGUCUGAGAUCAAGGUGGAGGUCGGCAGGCUCACCAGGACACAAGUGUCUCCGCAGCACAUAAGCAUCACUCUCAGACCAGGUUCAGAGGCCAGUUUCAUUGUAGCUGUGACGCAGUUGGAGCGAUAUCCUGUGGACUUGUACUACCUGGUGGAUGUGUCAGCCUCCAUGCAGGAAAACCUUGAUCACUUGAAGACGGUGGGUGUGGCCUUGUCUCUUCGUAUGAUGCAGCACACCUCAGACCUUUGGCUGGGUUUUGGCUCGUUUGUGGAUAAACCUGUGUCACCUUACAUCAAUGUACACCCUUCUAAGAUCAACAACCCCUGCAGCGAUUAUGAGAUCCGCUGUCGCCCGGCCCACGGUUUCCACCACGUUCUCAGCAUGACUGGGAAUAUGAGCGAGUUCACGCGUACGAUCAAGCGCCAGCGCAUCUCUGGUAACAUGGACACACCUGAAGGAGGGCUGGACGCCAUGCUGCAAGCUGCUGUCUGCCAGGAUGCAGUUGGUUGGCGAUCUGAAGCAAAGCGUCUGCUGCUCCUAAUGACUGACCAGCCCUCUCACCUCGCCCUGGACAGCCGGCUGGCAGGGAUUGUUGUGCCACAUGAUGGCCUUUGUCACUUGGAAAACAAUGUUUACACAGGAAGCACAAAGAUGGAUCAUCCCAGUUUGGGACAGUUGUCUGAAAAGCUGCUUGAAAACCAUAUCUACUCUGUCUUCGCUGUGGAUAAACAGCGGUACCAGUGGUAUGAGGAGCUGGUGCGCCUACUUCCUGGUUCCUACUUGGGAAAGUUAAGCCUCCGUCAAGCACCAAGCCUGGUAGAUCUGGUGGUGGAUGCAUAUAAGAGGCUGCUGUCAGAGGUGUUGGUGUCUGUGUCAGUGGAGGACAAAGCAGUCAGCAGAUACUGGGUCUCUGUGUCUCCUCUGUGUCCCGAUGGAUCCACGCCUAAAGGCUGGAGCUGCACAGGAGUGCAGCCAAACCAGACGGUCUACUUUAAUAUCACCAUCGGUCAACACUCCUGUGCUGAUGAUGGCAAAGAUGAAGACGUGAGGGUGAUCGUUCGCCCUGUGGGUUACAACGAGUCGACGGUUGUUAGGAUCCGUUCCAAAUGUCACUGCCGAUGCGGAACAACAGGGCAUUGCCAUGAAGACGAACAGUUGCCCUGUCAAGGGCCUCAAGAUGGUGCAAAGCAGGAGCAUCUUCUGCAUGACAACACAGAUCCAAGCAGGAGCUGUAGAGCGAGCGGUGCAGAUGUGGACUGCAGUGGGCGGGGAAUGUGUGUGUGUGGGAGCUGUGUGUGUGACCAAGUUAGACUUGGGACUAUACAAGGGAAAUAUUGUGAAAUAGAUGACUUCUCCUGUCCAUACAAAGGGGGACUAAUCUGUGCAGGUCAAGGUGUGUGUGUUUUGGGACAGUGUGUCUGCGAGGAUGGGUGGAGCGGUGAUGACUGUGGCUGUCCCCUCUCCACAAUUACCUGCUUUUCAAAUGGUUUACUCUGCAAUGGGCAGGGCAAGUGUGUAUGUGGAAAGUGUGUGUGUGACGAACCUCAACGGCAUGGAGACUUCUGUGAGAAAUGUCCUACUUGUCAAAGCACAUGGCAAUCUUACUGUAAAAGUGGGACUUGCCUACAUUCUUUUGGACUCUCGCAAAAAGAGGUGUCAAUGGUCAGCUACAUGGAUAAUGCAUCAGAGUCCGCCAGCAGCGGUCAGCUGGUGAGAACUUUCCUCAGCGUCUGCGCGCUGACAGUGCUGUGUGGCCUGAUGGUGGUGGCCGUGUCCCGGCUGCUGCUGCUGAAAAGGGGACGGUCCCAGGGGGUCUCCGAGGACGGGGGCUAUCGUUGCACUGGAAAGGAUCUAUCAUACAUUCCUACGACCAAUGAGAAAACGGUAACCUACAGGAGAGACCGCCCACCCGACCAUCCUUUGGAGAUGCACAUUCAGGUUCCGAAAAUGGCCUUUGGUGACCCCUGGCAGUGCUGAGGAGGUCUUCUAACAUUUAAAAGAAGCCAGCAGAUAUGCACAAGAGGGGAGCUGAGUUGCAAACUUGCUUUUGAGUUCCUGGCACAUCAACAAAAAAAUGCACACAGAGAUUGUGAUAAAAAAAAAAAAAAAAAACAAAGCUGCGGAACGUCCACAGAAUUGUGAAAAUAAGUGACUAACUUUGGCCAGUAUUGCGGAAACCGAGAAGAAACAAAGAGCACAAGUCCUGCACCUCUUUCUCCUCUGUAGGAGCAAGCGCGCUACAAUUUCUACAGGGUAAAGGAUGGUUGUUCUUCUUUUUUAGCAGCAGUUACUGUUGUAACAACAGUAAAUUGCAUAUGUGUGUGUGUGUGAGAGAGAAAGAAUGAAGUCUGUGCUUUUUUAUUUAUAUUUUAGUGAACACACUACAAUUGAUGGUAUCAUUUUAGUGAGAGGGGUCACGCUCCCACUGCACCAUCUCUCUCUGUCUUAGUCUGCCCCCUUGUGGUCAAGGUAACGAAUGGCAUUCUCUCUUGAAUAUUACACAAUAAUGACCUCAAUCAAUUUUCAGGACACACCUGUGAUUCCAUAUGCUUUCAAUAUCGUCUCUUCUAGUAAUCUAAAUCUUCAUUGUUUUAAUACUUUUAUUUGCUUUGUGUGGUUUGAAGAAUUUACAUUACUUUUACUUUUUUUUUUACUGUAAUGACAAUAAUAUGAAGACUUGCACUUAAUAAUGCAUCAUACUGCUGAAAGUGGGGGGUGUCGCAGCAGAGAGCUGUGACAGUGUAUGGUGUAUUAGCUACUUAGAAGAAAAUCAUUCAAACACUGGAAUAACAAAGACUGGGAUUUGUGUUUUUGAGUUUCAAAAUACGCACAUUCAAUCAAAUGUAUAACCAAACUCCAAAUAUUGUGACGUCUGCAGAUUCCGAAGAUUACAGCUAGUGUUUUUUUUUUUCUUAACAAUUGUCGCACACUUAAAGAAAUGGUCAGAACCCUUUGAACAUUGUGCAUGGCAUGGAUGGACAUUUUAGCGCGCUUGAUCCUUCUCUUUUUGAUUCUUUGUGUUAAUCGGUGCUGUUUUCGGCACUUGCUGCUCUACUUUACUGUAAGUUGGAAACACUAAUGAUUAUUUAUUUUGGAUUCUUUUCGUGAGUUUGGUUGUUGAUAAGAUUAAAAUUCCUAAUUUAUAAAAGACAGCUAAUGUGGUUGGAAAUAUGAAGAACCACAAGAAUUACUCAGCAAUAAGGUAGCUUAUGAUCAUCUCAUUUAACUUGGUACUGAAUUUGGAUUUAUGAAGGCACUUUUUAAAAUAUGUUUGCUGUAAUUUAAUGUGACUCUUCUUAAUAACUGGUUUCGUUUCAAUAAAAAUGUCAGAUUUUUAAAAAAUA